UUUUGUGGGGUCAAAAUUAUUUUUUUAGUGGGGUCAACACAAAUUUUGCUUAAAACAAAACAAUAUUUUUUUAAAAGUAGUGGGGUCAGCUGACCCCCUUCCUCAUAUGCUGACUCCGCCCCUGCUCUCACGCAUCAUCGAGCUUGUGUUGAGAAGCAAAGAGGAGAAGAGCCGUCGCGAGAUGAAGUCUAUAGUCCUGAAGCUUCUCAGGGAACAGAACGGGAACAAUGUAGCUGAGAAUUUCAACGAGACGAUCUACUCCUCUUGCCAGAGAUGUUUAGACACGGUCUUGUCUCUGUUCAGACAGGACGAGAGUGAUGCUAAACAGAUAGGUGUGGAAGCUGAUAACCUCACGUGGCUGCUUGAUGUGUUAGCGGAAAGACAAGCUGCAAAGGAGUUUUCAGUCACGUGGGCUAACCAAACGGAGCUGGCUUUGUUACACGAGAAGCUUCCUUUGGUGUCUCGUUACCAUAUAAGCCGUGUGACGUCUAGGCUCUUCGUAGGGUUAGGGAGAGGAGAGCUGCUGCCUUCGAAAGACACUAGGCUUUUGCUGUUGACUACGUGGCUGCAGCCUUUGUUCAAGGACUAUAACUGGCUGCAGCACGGUUGCAGAUCGUUCGAUGGGAAGCUUGUGGAGGAAGGGAUAGGGAGGACGAUACUAACGUUGCCGCUGGAAGACAGUGCCGGUCCAACAUCUUAUGAUGCCCCAAGCCAAUUAAAAAAACUAUGCCCUUAUAUAUAUAAUUCAAAAUCGUAUAACAAGAGUAAAAUUCAUUGACCAAUUAACAAUAAACAAUCAUUAGAUUUUGCUGCAAUAUUUUAUGAAUAAUUGACUAUAGCUAAGAUUGGUUAACACAUAGAAAGAAAAAAUAAUAAAUUAGUCACAUACCUAUAUAGUACGCCUUGUCAAUAAAAAUACUAUGAUCGAAGAACUGAAGUUCAAACAAUAUAAACUAAAUUGGAAGCACGAUGGAACCGAAAAGAAGGAGGAAAAAAGAAAAUUGCUUAGUGGUUAAAUUUUAAUUAGGGUUUCCUUUUAAUUAUAAUUUAAAAUAUAAAUUUACUACUAAUAAUUUAAUAAUAUAUUUAACUACUAUAUUUUUAAAUAAACAGUUUAUUGAUAUUGUUAAAAGAUCCGAAAAAUAUCAUUUUUAUUAAUUAUACCCGAAGUAUUAUUUUAGCAACUUUACAAACUUGAAUUAUCUAUAAAAAAAAACUAAAAUAUGCCCCUUGAAAUUUGCUGCCCUAAGCGGCCGCUUCACCCGCUUAUCCUAAAGCCCGGCCCUGCUGGAAGAUCAGCAGAGGAUUUUGAUGUCUUGGCUUGGGAGCUUCUUGAAUGGUGGAGAUGGUUGUCCGAAUCUGCAGAGAGCUUUUGAGGUUUGGUGGAGGAGAUCGUUUGUUAGACCUUACUCAGAUCGUCAGGGUAGUGGGGUGUCUCAGACGGAUUCGACUUCAAAAGAGUGAUGGUUUUGUGAAGGUUGAGUAAAGCUUUGUUAGAUUUGUACAGUGAAUAACGUUAGCUGUGGAAACUGGAAAGUGUUUGGUUUUGCUGAUCUUUGAUUUCCGGUUUGGUUGGUUUCUGGUUUUGGUUUUUGUGGUUGAGUUUUUUUUUGUUUCCUUGAUGUUUUUGUAUUUUUCCAUUUUUCAUGAAAGUAUAAUGUUACUGGAUGUAUAUUUCUGAUUACAAAAAAAUUAUAUAUUUCUGAUUCCAUUUCUCUACCAAUUUUACUGUUUGGCUUGUACCACGUAUGGGCCUCUAACUAUGGGCUUUAGUUGCGAAGGCUUGAGAUCCUUGAACAUUAAAGAGGCUUAGGAUAUUAGUAUGAAGAUCACGAGAAACUGGAUUAGACAAGUAAAAUUAGCUUGAUGCAUCUUAUCAUAGAAUCUAGAGUUUGAGUGAAAUGAGUUGUAUUUUUAUAUGUUCUUAUAAAUAAUUUUUUUGAUGUACGAUUUUGGUUGUAAGUUUAAUAAUAUUUUAUUAUUCAUUUAUAGUUUUUCUAAAAACAAGAUACAAAUGUUUUAGGUAUUUUGUAUGUAGAGUCGAGAAAUGAAAUUGUGCUUUAAAAAAUGAGCAAUUUAGGCCGAAACAUAAAAAGAUCGCUAUAUUAGCGAAACACCAAAGACCAAAAGCUUAGGAGGAUGUGGCAGCCAAAGACGAGUGAAAAAGACAAGCUUACCCUUGACGCUUUAUGACUCUUCUUUUCGGCUGUAGGUUUCUAGGAUUUUAUUUCUCACACAAUAUAUUUAUCUAGAUUUGGCAAGAUAACAUAAAGAUCUCGUUUACAUUAUAAGAAAUUGCAUCGGUAAACACAAUGAUACAGUGUCUUCAAGAUAACUCUGACGCAAACAGCUGAUUAUGUGUUUCAACACUAUCAUAUCCAAUUCAAUAACCAACUUGUUUACUGUAAAGUAAAUAAAUUGUGAAAUAAGUUAGUAUUUCACUAAGUAAUUCUAGAUUUGGGUAUUGUAACACUUUUGGACGGAUAAGAUAAAGUUUAACCCGCGGGGGAUGUAUUUAGGUUAAAUAUUAAUUUAAUCGUGGUAAAUAUGGUAGUUGAUUUGACAUUGAAUUGCGUGGUAAUCUUGAAAUAACACAACAUAUAUGAAAAUGUAAACAUGUGAAAUGUGUUCGCCGAAGGAUCACAUGCAGCAGGUGCAAGGGCAUUGGACAUAACAAGACCACUUGCAAGAACCCAAUAUUAUAUUAGAGCCUAAACCCUAACACCUUAUAUGAAUAUAAACUCUAAACCCUUAGGAGACUCUAAACCAUAAACCCUUAUAUACUAUAAACCCUAAACCCUUAUAUUACCCUAUACCCUCACCUAUUCGUAAACCCUAAACCCUAGACCCUUAGGAGACUAUAAACCUAAACCCAUAUAUAACAUAAACCCUAAACCCUUUUAUGACAAUAAACCCUUUUCUGAAUCUAAAACCUAAACCCUUUUAUGAUUAUAAACCCUAACCCCACCAGUCCAAAUAUAAGGCUAAAUGCGUAGUCGUACAAGCUAUCGCGAGGCUUGGAUGAACAAUAUGUUUUGUAGCCUGUUAAUCAAGUUCUUAACCGGAAAAGUUUAUAUUAAUACUGUUUAUGUAUAUAUAUUUGUUGGAAAUGUCAAAUCGUUAGACAGCUAAUAUAAUAUAUACACGGUUAGAAAAUGAGUUACUUGAGAUAAAAAAUGACUUGUUGAUAAUGUCAAGUUCUUAGACAUCUAAUAUAAUAUGUACAUAGUUAACAAGUAAGUUAUUUGGGAUAAACAUGUUUGCAUUAUGUAUGGUACCAUAAGAAUCAAGAUCAUAGUUAUGACAUAUGAAAUGAACAUACAAAUAUUGUUUAGGUACAUCUGUUCGUUGGUACAUAUCAAAUUGUUGGACAGAUAAUAUAAUACUUACACCUUUAGAAAAUAGGUUACUUGAGAUAACACAUUAAGUAUCCUGACUAAUAAUUUUUUAAUCGUCUAUUACUUUUGGUUUGUGACAAUGCAUCAAAAAAAAUUGUAGCCGUCUAACACAACAUACAUUACAGUUUCCUUCUUUAUAACACGUAUAAAUGAAAUGAUUUCUGUCUAUGUACUGGUUCUUUCAACUAGCUUUGGCAUCUACGUAGAAUAAUAUCCGGUUAAAAUUUAUAUUGUCUCGAAAAUAUAUGUAAAUAUCUAUCCAACAAGAGUAACAUCUAGUAGCUUCUUCAACCAGGAGCACUUUAAUCAUAACCACCAUCAAAACACAACCUCCUCCGCACUUUAAUCACAACACCAUUAUUUCUGAGAAAAUCAUCUACUCCAAAUCGAGAAAGCUCGGACAAUCUGUAUCGGGAUCGAGCCAAAUAAUUUAUUAGCGGACAGAUUUAAAGUGACGACAUAAGGAAAUCACAAGAAGAUUUGAGAACUUUACCGUAAAGAUAGUUUCCUUAAAAUCUAGUGAUUGUAAACUGCAACAGAGCUUGGAGACUCAUGAAACUGACCGAAAUUUGCAUAGAUUGGAUCUGAAGAGAGGGAAUGUGAUUCUCUUGCAUGUUCUAGCAGGAAAAACUAGUGCACUUGCUUGCAAAAUCGAUGAAUCUGAUGAGUUAGAUGGAAACAAAGUUUAUUUGGAAAGAUGAAUGAGAAUUAAUGAAACAGAAAGUUUAUUUGGAGAAAUGAAAGAGGAAAAUGUGAACUGAUUUUGAAACUCAAACAAAUAAUAAGAGUUAGAUGACAUUAUAAUAUCUUAGACAAUCUUGUGUGCAGAGGAUAAAAUCUUACAAAAUCUUGGAAGAUUUUGCCUAUAAAUAACAGUAGUCUACAUGACUGUGUGAGUAGGGGAAACAAAGUUCAAAAACAUCACAUUUGUUUGAGAAAUAGUUGAAUUUGGUAGAUCACUAAAUACACCAAACUUCUUUAGUUGAGCACUAAUUUCUCUUAAAAAUCUUUGUAAACCAUAAUUGAAAGAGAUUUGUGUUUCAAAAGCAAAAUUGGCUUUGUAAUACUUUAUAACUUAAAAUUACUAUAUCAAAUGACAAAACAAAUAACAAAAUCACUGAAGUAUGGGCAUUAAGUUCAUAUCUCUUCGGAUGGAAAGUGUAACACCAAAGAAAAAAAACCCAUGUUAGUUACAUAAUUGUUCAUUGUUCUAUACGCAAAGACCAUGUUAUUUUCACAUGCUUCAAUAAAUAGAUGAUUUUAGUUACAUUGGAACAUAAUGCUUCAAUAAAUUUUGCUAACAUCAACAAUUAAUUUGUUUAUAAUGGGUACAAAUUGGCCUUGUUAAUUUUAUUCGUAUUCUUCUAUAAAUUUUGAACAUUAAUGAAAGGAAAAAUUUUAAAAUAAGAUACAAAGUAAAAGACUACAGUGUAAACUUUAAAAAUUAAUCAAAAGAAAAUGUUUUGAAGAUUGCUCAUGAAUUUUGGGCUUGUUCUUGAGUUUAAUGUCUCUCUUAUUGUUUGAUUAACUGAUGUGAUGCAACUUCAACUUGGAUAUCUUCAUUUGAUUUCAAAUAUAAGGGACUCAUAGGUAUUAAGAUUGUCUGGUUUCAUUUGUUUUGUUUCGCCUUAAAAAUGACAAAAAUUGUGCACUACACCUCCUCACAUUUUCAUCUAUUACUUGUUGUUGUAGUUAUUAGGUUGAUUUACCCUUUUUAAAAACUAGUAUCCAUGGCAAAUUCAGACGCAUAAAUUAUUAAGAUGUACAUCCCAAUUAAGAUACAUAAACUGGUCCAAAGCCCACCUAAAGACUGAAACAUUAGUUUUUCCCUACACAAUUACUUAGUUUGGAUUUUGAUGUUCAUGAGGUUCAUCAUUGUUGUCAUCACUUUCAAAGCUGAUUUGGCGAUGGCCAAAAGCAUAUUUUUGUAGGAUCUUCUGAGGCUUAUGUUGCUUAGGCAACUGAGCAUAAUGUCUCAUGCCUUCAGUAUCCUCUUAUCACUCAUGUACUCAUCAUCUCCCAUCUUUCAAAUCACUCCUAAAUCAGUCUGACCUCUGUCAUGCUUCUCACUUGACUCAGCAUCAAAAUGUUUUGAAGAUUGCUCAUGAAUUUUGAGCUUGUUCAUGAGUUUAAUGUCUCUCUUAUUGUUUGAUUAACUGAUGUGAUGCAACUUCAACUUGGAUAUCUUCAUUUGAUUUCAAAUAUAAGGGAUUCAUGGGUAUUAAGAUUGUCUGGUUUCAUUUGUUUUGUUUCGCCUUAAAAAUGACAAAAAUUGUGCACUACACUUCUUCACAUUUUCAUCUAUUACUUGUUGUUGUAGUUAUUAGGUUGAUUUACCCUUUUUAAAAACUAGUAUCCAUGGCAAAUUCAGGCGCAUAAAUUACUAAGAUGUACAUCCCAAUUAAGAUACAUAAACUGGUCCAAAGCCCACCUAAAGACUGAAACAUUAGUUUUUCCCUACACAAUUACUUAGUUUAGAUUUUGAUGUUCAUGAGGUUCAUCGUGGUUGUCAUCACUUUCAAAGCUGGUUUGGCGAUGGCCAAAAGCAUAAUUCGAACUGCUAAGAAAGAGAAAAGUUUCAUUAUUGGUGACAAGAUGGUAACCAAGGCUAUCUAGAACACUGCUCCCAUCAUUUUGUUGGUUGCUGCCGACGAUGGUAUGAUUCGAUUCCUUAUCAUCUUCUUUCAUGUUUAUUUUUGUAGGAUCUUCUGAAGCUUAUGUUGCUUAGGCAACUGAUCAUAAUGUCUCAUGCCUUCAGUAUCCUCUUAUCACUCAUGUACUCAUCAAUCAUCUCCCAUCUUUCAAAUCACUCCUAAAUCAGUCUGACCUCUGUCAUGCUUCUCACUUGACUCAGCAUCAAACACUUUUCUUCUUCUUCUUCUUCUCCUCCACCACCAACGAUCAUCACUUCUUUCCCAACAAAAAACACAUCUCCACCAUUAUCGUUUUUCAAACUUUCUUUCACUUUGACCUUGGUAUCCACAAGUAUUGGCCGAAUGAAACCGUUCCAGCUAGACUUCGCAGAACCAUCCCCAAAAACCUCUUGUGAAAUCUUGCAAGCAGCUCCAAAACCAACAUGUUUUCUGAAUCUUUGUCACCUUCUCCAAAUAUCUUCUUCUUCUUAUUCACAUAGUCUAUUUGCGCCAUCUCAAUUAUUGAACCAACAAUCUCUUUAGGUCUCUCAACCAGUUAUGGACCAUUUUUCUUCUCCUCAACAUGGUUCCCAACUCAGCCCGAAAUGUUAGCUACCACUCUAUUUCUCGAGGCAGCUCAAACGGGAGCGGCUUCUUCAGGUGGUUUAUUGCUUCACGAGUUAGGCAUAGUUUGAUCAAAAUAUCACAAAUACAUAACAUUAACUUUGAAAAAUAAAAAAAACCCACUUAAGUCUAAAAACUAUAAAUAAUUUAUAUAAGAUUUUUUUUAUAAAUAGCUUCAAAGUUUAAAGUAUAUUUAAUUUUGUAUAAUUAUAAAUAUUUUAUUAUUUAUAUUUUAGUAAGAUAUAUGUUUAUUAAAGAUAUGAUAAGCAAAAAAAGGUUUAUGUAUUUAUAUAAAUUAGAAACAAUCAUCACCAAAGUCUUAAAUGGAUAAGAUGAAGAAGUAUAGUAGUGUAUAUAAUUUCCAGUUUGUAAUAAUAUUUCAAAAAGUUACUUUAAUCUAAUGGUUAAUGUGCCUAUUUAAAUGGGUAUUAAGGCAUGGGUUCGAGUUCUGAAAUGGACAUAUUAUUUUAAAAAAACAUUAGAUCACAACGAAGUCAAUUAUGUGGAUUUAUGCACGUUUUAAAAAG